AUGGCACGAAGUUUUUGGCGCAGUUCAAACUAUUUAGAGUGGUUAUUGGAUCGUCAAGAUGUAAUGAUACAUAGAGCGAAUGAUUUAAAAAUUCUUGGUAGCGAAGAAGAAUAUCAGAAAGUAAUGCUUUUCUUUACUGAUGUCAUUCAAGCAUUUGGCAAAAGCGUUGAAGUCCGUCAACAAGUAAUUGCAACCGCUUUAGUAUAUUUCAAAAGAUUUUACAGUCGCAAUUCAUUUAAGACUAUCGACCCAUGGUUAAUGGCUCCAUCGUGUCUGUUUUUAGCAUCUAAAGUUGAGGAAUUUGGUGUAGUUUCUCAAAAAAAUCUAAUGACAUCAUGUCGUAAUGUGGUUCAUAGUCAUUAUUUAAUCUAUUUUCCUGAUGGUUACGGUUAUCCAUAUCGUGCUCAAGAUGUAUUGGAAUGUGAAUUUAUUUUACUUGAAGCAAUGGAUUGUUCAUUAGUCGUCUUUCAUCCUUAUCGUCCGUUGGUACAGUUUUGUGAUGAACUUCGCCCUCAAAUGCAUGAGUAUGCUGACGUACUGUUAGAGCGUGCUUGGUGGCUAGUAAAUGAUAGUUUUCGAACAGACGUGUGCCUGCAUUAUCCUCCCUAUAUAAUUGCUCUAGGUUGUCUACAACUGGCUGUUGUGAUUAUUUCAAGUAAUCCUGACCUAUUAAUCGGCUCCGUCAAUAUCAGUUCAUCAUCAUUUAUGAAUUCCAGUCUAUCUAUUUCAUCAAAUAAGCAUGGUUAUUUUGGGCACCAAACCCAAUCAACUGUCAAUCCUUCAUUAGUUGCUGAUCGUUGGUUCAGUGAAUUAAAUGUAGAUAUGGAAAGAGUGUUGGAAAUUUCUCGUCAUCUACUUAGUUUGUAUGAUUUAUGGCGUCGUUUUGAUGAACUUGCUGAAAUGCCUAACAUAUUAUUAAAAAAACUUCCACGUCCUGUCAUUCAAUCGCCACAUACUUCACAAAAUUACCAAUCUGGCAAUUCUGUCAAUCCAACGGGUUGUAAUAGUACUUCUGCAACUCAAUCAUCUAAUCUAUCUAGUGGGACACAACAACAAACUCAUGGUGGAUCAAUGGUUGUUCCAUCGGGUACAGGUGCUGUUGGUACAGGAAGUAGUAGUGGUGCUACGGGGACUGUUGGUAGUAUACAUAAUAUGCCGGAUCACCAAACUCAACAACAACAAAGAUCAAUGACGUCAUCUAGCCAGCCACGUAUGCAUCCACAAGGUGGUGGAAUGCAGCAUAUGGGAGUCAGGUAG